UAGGCUAUUACCAAUACUAUAUGCCCCCAAGUUUUUAGUUCUCUCUCUUCACCGACACGAAUAUGAGCUCUCUUCUUCAAAGUUUUCAGAGCAAAGAAGCUCUGCCCAUGUCGCAACCUACAGAAGAAGAAAGAGGAGAAGGACUUGGCGUACGCAAAAGGCUGUCUUCUCUCUCUCUAAGGAUGAACAUGCGCAUGAGGUCUACUUGUCAACAACAACAACCCAUCCUCUCAUUCUACUCCUCUACCACCACCUCCUCAUGGGCAUUUCGCCGAUCCAAAUCCUUGUCCGAAUACACUGGCAAUUCCAUUAGGAAAUGGUGGGAUUGGGGAUUGGGCUGGAUCAUGUCCAAGAAGCCCGCCUUUGCCAACGAUCUGGAAAUGAAUGAAGAGGAGAAAGCCGUAUUGGGAUGCAACAGCAAGGGCAGCUGGAGGCACGUAUUUUUCAAAAUAAGGUCAGAGCUGCGGAGGUUCACCGGCUCCGGCAACAAUAUGGGUCUACCUCAAACCUUCCGGUAUGACUACUCCAGGAACUUCGAUGACAACUUAAUCAGGAACAACUGAUGGAUUACUCUACUAUUCCCACUGUGAUGUUGGUUAAUUCAUUGAUUUAUUUGAGUCGUUUUGUUUUUAUUUAUUAAUAAUAGAUCGGAGUUCACAUUGAGUACGUACGUAAAUGUAUAAAGUGAAUUUUUUUUAUCUUCAUCAUAUAGUCAGUCAGUCCAGUCCAGUCCAUUACGUUGUAUUAUUAUUUUUCCCCUCGUGUAAUUCUUUUUACCAUUCUCGAGUGUAUUUGAUUUUUAUGCAUAAGCACUACUGCUAUAAAUUUGCCUAAUUAUUGUGGUUUAAA